AUGACCAUUUUGAGUUCAAGUUCUGAGGCGAGCUCCGAAACUUCGGAGACUGGAAAGUCUUCAGGAGAUCCAUCGGUCCGAAAACCUUGGUGCCGAUGGUUGCCCCGAUCGUACCUGCUGGUCUUUGUCAUCAAUGCCACUGCGACCGUUCUGCUGUGGCCUGCUGAUGCUGAUGCUGUGGCCUACUAUCAUCCUGUCUGUCCACUUAAGAUGCGACUCUUCUUCUUUGGGCUGAUGCUGUCGAGUUUGGGAGCCGGCUGUGUAGCAGCCUUUCUGGUGAGAAGGGCUGAAGCUUCAGGUCAUACAAAGUGGGCCUGUGGCUAUGCCAUAAUCAACUGGAUUCAAGCCAUGUUGGGCUCACUGGGAAUGGACAAUCCAAUGGGAGGGUACUGGCAUUGCACGUAUGGAGUGAUACCAGAUAAAGACUCCGGAGGCACAAUUUGGUAUUCUGCACUUGCAUGCUGCCGAUUGCUGCUGUAUCUCGUUGCCUCUUUCUGGAUGCAGACACUCAUCGCUUCACGGCUGGAUCUCUUGGAGCAAUCUUCCAAUCGGAACUACCGCAGUGGCUGCUUUCGCAGACUGGUGUGGGCCCAAGUCUUUGGGACAGCAGUUGCUCUGCUUCCCAUUGCGGGCAUAGUUCAUGAGAUCAUUACGUCUUACUCGGAGCUGCGGAGGAUUUGUCGCCUGGCAGAAGCCAAUGAGGCGCCGAUCUCCGCAAGAUCUUCCUUGAGACGAGCCCGAAGGUUUGCUGGCUUGCAAGGGUUGGGUGUAUCAUUUAGCCUCGUGUUCACGGUUCUGCUCGUUCCAGCACGUCUUGUUUCUAUUGCUUUUGUAUCGCCUUAUGACUAUGACUCUUUGCAGGUGGUCUUGUUUCUUAUUCAAGCUUUUGAUGCCCUGGGAAAUGCUGUGGCCGUUCUCCUUCUGUCCGGCAGCCACAGGAUGGCCAAAGUUGACAGGAGUCAGGGGAGCCACAGGAGCUGGAAAGUCGAAAAGCCUGAGCAUAGGAGAAACCAACAGACUUCGCAUGAAGAUGUGAACUGGACCAGAAAGGUGGAAGAACUCUCAAUGCGGGGGAUGACUUUGCGUAGCCUCCUGCAGUUCUAUCAAGAAAACCUACCUUCGAUGCCAGAUUGGAAAUAUGCGCCCAGGGAACACAAGACCAGAGAUGUGGUCCGAAGAGCGAUCAUCCCAUUGACUAGCAGAGAAGAAUGCGCAUUCUCAGUUUCAGCUUUCAACAAGGAUGGUCCGAAACGGGCACAGGUCAUGGUGACCCACAAUUGGGGCAACUCGUUCAGCGACCUGCUGGCUGCAGUGCUGUCGGAUGCCCUGCAGGAAUGCAGUUUCAGCUUGCCAGCAGAACUUCUGCAGGAGGAUUGCGCUUUCCUACAGGACCUUCUGGCGAAAAUGGGCCGGUUGGAUGAGACAUACUGGAUAUGUGCGUUUGCUGUGAACCAGCACAUCAGCAUCUGCCACAGCAACCCGUAUGACCGGGAUCCUUUCACAAAUCAGCUGCACCCAGUGUGCCAGUGCAACAGCACAAACAUAGUUGACCCGGAUGGCCGAAGUGCCUCGUCAGAGAUCAACAAGUUUGAUGACAUGAUGCGUCUUCUUGCCACGACUGGGGGAUGCCGGCAGGUCAUUGCACCGAGUUCUUUGGCCAUACAAGCUGGGGUUCAAUUCCUCUGGAGACAUGGUGCGGCUUGGGGUUCGUUUCCCCUGGAGACAUGGACUUUGCUGUGUCAUGCAUGCCGGGCUUGCGCCCGCAUUCAUGCCAAUUCGACUUUGCUGUGUCAUGCAUGCCGGGCUUGCGCCCGCAUUCAUGCCAAUUCGUUUCUUGUAGAGAUGCAAUUUUUGCUGGCCCUUUUGUCUUGGGGUCUCAUGACUGGUUUCCUUUUGCAGAUUUUGAAAGCCCAGAUCGUGGGGGUCUUGGGCCCCUCCAUAUGUCAGCCUUGCUAUCGAUGUCCUUCGCUCUGGCUUGGCCGUAAUUCACUGCUACUUGGCCGGUUGGUGGCUCAUUCUCCCGCUGCUCUUUCGCGCGGCGCCAUGCCCGAGAUGUUCAUCGCACACCUGCGAUCUUUAGGAUCGCUUGCACGAGCGCGUAUUGCGGAAGCCAAACGUUUGCAGAUGGACCAGUCAUUGAAACUCUGGUCCAAAGCAACGCUGCAGGGACGCGCCCGGACAUUGGAAAACUUGGAUGUGCGGGACAUGCGUGCCUCCUCGGAAAAGGACAAGGAACUCAUCCUUGGCAAGAUUCAGGAUGUAGAUGAUUUCAAUGCCAAGCUUCAGGUGCUCAUUUUUGAUCCAAAAUCAGGCCUUGUUGCCACAUGGAAUGCCAUGGAUAGCCUGCAGCAGAUUGGUGAAGUGGGCCGGCUCAUUCGAUGGGGCCUGGCAGUUGAAGUUUUUUUUUCUCUGCCUGCCUUCAGACAGCGACAGAUGGGCCCUGCAGCGCAGGAGCAGUCUCAACGACCAGCUCAGUUGCUGGCGGCGCUGAAAUAUCCAGGAGCUGGUAGAGAUGGCCAUUUAGAAGAUGACUGCCUGGCAAAGUUACAGGUGCACCGGUUGAGCCCAGAGCCACGAACGUACGUGGACGAAGUGACAGGCGUGGAAAGCUGCCAGCAUGACCAUCAGAUGUUAGAGCAGCCGGGAGGCGGAGGAGCCGCGCAGCCCGCAGAUCUGCCACGGAGUGGCCAUGCGAGCUCCGAAACUUCGGAGACUGGAAAGUCUUCAGGAGAUCCAUCGGUCCGAAAACCUUGGUGCCGAUGGUUGCCCCGAUCGUACCUGCUGGUCUUGGUGAUCAAUGCCACUGCGACCCUUCUGCUGUGGCCUGCUGAUGCUGAGUUUCCUGAUGGCUGGUACGAUCCUGUCUGUCCACUUAAGAUGCGACUCUUCUUCUUUGGGCUGAUGCUGUCGAGUUUGGGAGCCGGCUGCGUGGCAGCCUUUCUGGUGAGAAGGGCUGAAGCUUCAGAUCAUACAAAGUGGGCCUGUGAUAUUUGGUAUUCUGCACUUGCAUUGUGCCGAUUGCUGCUGUAUCUCGUUGCUUCCUUCUGGAUGCAGACUCUCAUCGCCUCACGGCUGGAUCUCUUGGAGCAAUCUUCCAAUCGGAACUACCGCAGCAGCUGCUUUCGCAAACUGAUGUGGGCCCAAGUCUUUGGGACAGCAGUGGCUCUGCUUCUCAUUGCGGGCAUGGUUCUUGAGAUGGUCACUACGGGUGUUAGCAAGAGCGGAAGUAUCAUUCUCGUUACAAGUAUCAUGAGCCUGAUCGCAAUAGCAAGCAUCACAUUGCUGUGCAAUUGGGCAGCGAGCAUCGUGGCCAUGUGCUCUUUCCGAAAGUCUUAUUCGGAGCUGCGGAGGAUUUGUCGCCUGGCAGAAGCCAAUGAGGCGCCUAUCUCCGCAAGAUCUUCCUUGAGACGAGCCCGAAGGUUUGCUGGCUUGCAAGGGUUGGGUGUAUCAUUUAGCCUCGUGUUCACGGUUCUGCUCGUUCCAGCACGUCUUGUUUCUAUUGCUUUUGUAUCGCCUUAUGACUAUGACUCUUUGCAGGUGGUCUUGUUUCUUAUUCAAGCUUUUGAUGCCCUGGGAAAUGCUGUGGCCGUUCUCCUUCUGUCCGGCAGUCACAGGAUGGCCAAAGUUGAAAGGAGUCAGGGGAGCCAAUGUGGCUGCUGGAAAGUCGAAAAGGCCGAGCAUAGCAGAAACCAACAGACUUCGCAUGAAGAUGUGAACUGGACCAGAAAGGUGGAAGAACUCUCAAUGCGGGGGAUGACUUUGAGGAGCCUCCUGCAGUUCUAUCAAGAAAACCUCCCUUCAAUGCCAGAUUGGAAAUAUGCGCCCAGGGAACACAAGACCAGAGAUGUGGUCCGAAGAGCGAUCAUCCCAUUGACUAGCAGAGAAGAAUGUGCAUUCUCAGUUUCAGCUUUCAACAAGGAUGGUCCGAAACGGGCACAGGAAUGCAGUUUCAGCUUGCCAGCAGAACUUCUGCAGGAGGAGUGCACUUUCCUGCAGGACCUUCUGGCGAAAAUGGGGCAGUUGGAUGAGACGUACUGGAUCUGUGCGUUUGCUGUGAACCAGCACAUCAGCAUCUGCCACAGCAACCCGUAUGACCGGGAUCCUUUGAGAGAUCAGCUUCACCCAGUGUGCCACUGCAAUAGCACAAACAUAGUUGACCCGGAUGGCCGAAGUGCCUCGUCAGAGAUCAACAAGUUUGAUGACAUGAUGCACCUUCUUGCCACGACUGGGGGAUGCCGACAAGUGAUUGCAGUGGACAAAGCUCUGGAGUUGUUUCUGCUCCUAGCCGAGUUCUUUGGCCAUACAAGCUGGGGUUCAAUUCCUCUGGAGACAUGGUGCGGCUUGGGGUUCGUUUCCCCUGGAGACAUGGUGACUUUGCUGUGUCAUGCAUGCCGGGCUUGCGCCCGCAUUCAUGCCAAUUCGUUUCUUGUAGAGAUGCAAUUUUUGCUGGCCCUUUUGUCUUGGGGUCUCAUGACUGGUUUCCUUUUGCAGAUUUUGAAAGCCCAGAUCGUGGGGGUCUUGGGCCCCUCCAUAUGUCAGCCUUGCUAUCGAUGUCCUUCGCUCUGGCUUGGCCGUAAUUCACUGCUACUUGGCCGGUUGGUGGCUCAUUCUCCCGCUGCUCUUUCGCGCGGCGCCAUGCCCGAGAUGUUCAUCGCACACCUGCGAUCUUUAGGAUCGCUUGCACGAGCGCGUAUUGCGGAAGCCAAACGUUUGCAGAUGGACCAGUCAUUGAAACUCUGGUCCAAAGCAACGCUGCAGGGACGCGCCCGGACAUUGGAAAACUUGGAUGUGCGGGACAUGCGUGCCUCCUCGGAAAAGGACAAGGAACUCAUCCUUGGCAAGAUUCAGGAUGUAGAUGAUUUCAAUGCCAAGCUUCAGGUGCUCAUUUUUGAUCCAAAAUCAGGCCUUGUUGCCACAUGGAAUGCCAUGGAUAGCCUGCAGCAGAUUGGUGAAGUGGGCCGGCUCAUUCGAUGGGGCCUGGCAGAUGCAGGCAGUGGAAAAGAGUCUCUGCGUUUGGUCGUUGAGCAGACGGAAGACAUAGAACGCCUACUCGGGCGGAAGGGUCGAGGAGCUGGUAGAGAUGGCCAUUCAAAAGAUGACUGCUUGGCAAAGUUACAGGAGGUGAACGGGCACGAAAUCUUAGGUAUGGUGAUCGGAUGUUUGGAGCCUGAGGAUCAAGGAUGUUGGAGCAACCGGGAGGCGGAGGAGCCCAUGCCCGCGAGCUCCGAAACUUCGGAGACUGGAAAGUCUUCAGGAGAUCCAUCGGUCCGAAAACCUUGGUGCCGAUGGUUGCCCCGAUCCUACCUGCUGGUCUUUGUCAUCAAUGCCACUGCGACCGUUCUGCUGUGGCCUGCUGAUGUUGAGUUUCCUGAUGGCUGGUACGAUGAUCCUCCUGUCUGUCCACUCAAAUUUCGACUCUUCUUCUUUGGGCUGAUGCUGUCGAGUUUCGGAGCCGGCUGUGUAGCAGCCUUUCUGGUGAGAAGGGCUGAAGCUUCAGGUCAUACAAAGUGGGCCUGUGGCUAUGCCAUUGUCAACUGGAUUCAGGCCAUGUUGGGCUCACUGGGGAUGACCGAUCUAGUGGAGACACUCAUCGCUUCACUGCUGGAUCUCCUGGAGCAAUCUUCCAAUCGGAACUACCGCAGUAAGUGCUUUCGCAGACUGAUGUGGGCCCAAGUCUUUGGGACAGCAGUGGCUCUGCUUCCCAUUGCGGGCCUGCUCUUUUAUUCGGCCUACAACGAUAGUAUCAUUUUCUACAGCGACAGUACAAGUACCAUGAGCCUGUUCGCAAUAGGAGGCAUCACAUUGCUGUGCAAUUGGGCAGCGAGCAUCGUGGCCAUUUGCUCUUUCCAAAAGUCUUAUUUGGAGCUGCGGAGGAUUUGUCGCCUGGCAGAAGCGAAUGAGGCCUCCAUCUCCGCAAGAUCUUCCUUGAGACGAGCCCGAAGGUUUGCUGGCUUGCAAGGGUUGGGUGUAUUAUUUGGCCUCGUGUUCACGCUUCUGCUCGUUCCAGCACGUCUUGUUUCUACUUAUGUUGCAAACUAUGACAGCUAUGACUCUUUGAAGGUGGUCUUGUUUCUUAUUCAAGCUUUUGAUGCCCUGGGAAAUGCUGUGGCCGUUCUCCUUCUGUCCGGCAGUCACAGGAUGGCCAAAGUUGAAAGGAGUCAGGGGAGCCACAGGAGCUGGAAAGUCGAAAAGGCCGAGCAUAGCAGAAACCAACAGACUUCGCAUGAAGAUGUGAACUGGACUAGAAAGGUGGAAGAACUUUCAAUGCGGGGGAUGACUUUGAGGAGUCUCCUGCAGUUCUAUCAAGAAAACCUCCCUUCAAUGCCAGAUUGGAAAUAUGCGCCCAGGGAACACAAGACCAGAGAUGUGGUCCGAAGAGCAAUCAUCCCAUUGACUAGCAGAGAAGAAUGUGCAUUCUCAGUUUCAGUUUUCAACAAGGAUGGUCCGAAACGGGCACAGGUCAUGGUGACCCACAAUUGGGGCAACUCGUUCAGCGACCUGCUGGCUGCAGUGCUGUCGGAUGCCCUGCAGGAAUGCAGUUUCAGCUUGCCAGCAGAACUUCUGCAGGAGGAUUGCGCUUUCCUACAGGACCUUCUGGCGAAGAUGGGGCGGUUGGAUCACACGUAUUGGAUCUGUGCGUUUGCUGUGAACCAACACAUCAGCAUCUGCCACAGCAACCCGUAUGACCGGGAUCCUUUCACAAAUCAACUGCACCCAGUGUGCCAGUGCAACAGCACAAACAUCAUUGACUCGGAUGGCCGAAGUGCUUCGUCAGAGAUCAACAAGUUUGAUGACAUGAUGCCUCUUCUUGCCACGACUGGGGGAUGCCGACAAGUGAUUGCAGUGGACAAACCUCUGGAUUUGUUUCGCCGUGCCUGGUGUGUGGCUGAGAUUGCGGAAGCCAAACGUUUGCAGAUGGACCAGUCAUUGAAACUCUGGUCCAAAGCAACGCUGCAGGGACGUGCCCGGACAUUGGAAAAUUUGGAUGUGCGGGACAUGCGUGCCUCCUCCGAAAAGGACAAGGAACUCAUCCUUGGCAAGAUCCAGGACGUAGAUGAUUUCAAUGCCAAGCUUCAGGUGCUCAUUUUUGAUCCAAAAUCAGGCCUUGUUGCCACAUGGAAUGCCAUGGAUAGCCUGCAGCAGAUUGGUGAAGUGGGCCGGCUCAUUCGAUGGGGCCUGGCAGAUGCAGGGCACCUUUUGUUGGCCUGGAAAGAGUCGAUCCUUCACCCCGCGGGCCUGUGCUGGAAGGCGAUGCUGACGAUGGGAAAAGAAGAGCUCCAAGUUGGAUGUUGGAGCAGCCGGGAGGCGGAGGAGGAGCCGCGCAGCUCGCAGAUCUGCCACGGAGUGGCCAUGCCCAUGGCGAGCUCCGAAACUUCGGAGACUGGAACGUCAGGAGAUCCAUCGGUCCGAAAACCUUGGUGCCGAUGGUUGCCCCGAUCGUACCUGCUGGUCUUUGUCAUCAAUGCCACUGCGACCCUUCUGCUGUGGCCUGGUGAUGCUGAGUUUCCCUGUCCACUCAAAUUUCGACUCUUCUUCUUUGGGCUGAUGCUGUCGAGUUUGGGAGCCGGCUGUGUAGCAGCCUUUCUGGUGAGAAGGGCUGAAGCUUCAGGUCAUACAAAGUGGGCCUGUGGCUAUGCCAUAAUCAACUGGAUUCAAGCCAUGUUGGGCUCACUGGGAAUGGACAAUCCUGCAGUGGUUGGUAACUGCAGGUAUGGAGUGAUACCACCUGGAUGGACACGCAGAGGCAUAAUUUGGUAUUCUGCACUUGCAUUGUGCCGAUUGCUGCUGUAUCUCGUUGCUUCCUUCUGGAUGCAGACUCUCAUCGCCUCACGGCUGGAUCUCUUGGAGCAAUCUUCCAAUCGGAACUACCGCAGCAGCUGCUUUCGCAAACUGAUGUGGGCCCAAGUCUUUGGGACAGCAGUGGCUCUGCUUCCCAUUGGGGGCAUGGUUCAUGAGAUCAUUACGGGUGAUAACUACAGUAUCAUUUUCCUUACAAGUAUCGUGAGUCUGAUCACAAUAGGAGGCAUCACAUUGCUGUGCAAUGUGGCAGCGAGCAUAGUGGCCAUUUGCUCUUUGCGAAAGUCUUACUUGGAGCUGCGGAGGAUUUGUCGCCUGGCAGACGCCAAUGAGGCCUCCAUCUCCGCAAGAUCUUCCUCGAGACGAGCCCGAAGGUUUGCUGGUUUGCAAGGGUUGGGUGUAUCAUUUGGCCUCGUGUUCACGCUUCUGCUUGUUCCAGCAUGUGUUUUUUCUAUGUUUGUGGUUCAUGAAAGCUAUGGCUCUUUGAAGGUGGUCUUGUUUCUUAUUCAAGCUUUUGAUGCCCUGGGAAAUGCUGUGGCCGUUCUCCUUCUGUCCGGCAGUCACAGGAUGGCCAAAGUUGAAAGGAGUCAGGGGAGCCACAGGAGCUGGAAAGUCGAAAAGCCUGAGCAUAGCAGAAACAAACAGACUUCACAUGAAGAUGUGAACUGGACCAGAAAGGUGGAAGAACUUUCAAUGCGGGGAAUGACUUUGCGGAGCCUCUUGCAGUUCUAUCCAGAAAACCUCCCUUCAAUGCAAGAUUGGAAAUAUGUGCCCAAGGAACACAAGACCAGAGAUGUGGUCCGAAGAGCAAUCAUCCCAUUGACUAGUAGAGAAGAAUGUGCGUUCUCAGUUUCAGCUUUCAACAAGGAUGGUCCGAAACGGGCACAGGUCAUGGUGACCCACAAUUGGGGCAACUCGUUCAGCGACCUGCUGGCUGCAGUGCUGUCGGAUGCCCUGCAGGAAUGCAGUUUCAGCUUGCCAGCAGAACUUCUGCAGGAGGAUUGCGCUUUGCUGCAGGACCUUCUGGCGAAAAUGGGGCGGUUGGAUGAGACGUACUGGAUCUGUGCGUUUGCUGUCAACCAGCACAUCAGCAUCUGCCACAGCAACCCGUAUGACCGGGAUCCUUUCACAAAUCAGCUGCACCCAGUGUGCCAGUGCAACAGCACAAACAUCAUUGACUCGGAUGGCCGAAGUGCUUCGUCAGAGAUCAACAAGUUUGAUGACAUGAUGCGUCUUCUUGCCACGACUGGGGGAUGCCGACAAGUGAUUGCAGUGGACAAAUCCCUGGAUUUGUUUCGCCGUGCCUGGUGCGUGGCUGAGAUUGCGGAAGCCAAACGUUUGCAGAUGGACCAGUCACUGAAACUCUGGUCCAAAGCAACGCUGCAAGAACGUGCCCGGACAUUGGAAAAUUUAGAUGUGCGGGACAUGCGUGCCUCCUCGGAAAAGGACAAGGAACUCAUCCUUGGCAAGAUCCAGGACGUAGAUGAUUUCAAUGCCAAGCUUCAGGUGCUCAUUUUUGAUCCAAAAUCAGGCCUUGUUGCCACAUGGAAUGCCAUGGAUAGCCUGCAGCAGAUUGGUGAAGUGGGCCGGCUCAUUCGAUGGGGCCUGGCAGAUGCAGGCAGUGGAAAAGAGUCUCUGCGUUUGGCCGUUGAGCGGACGGAAGACAUAGAACGCCUACUCGGGCGGAAGGGUCGAGGGACGAUGCGAUGCUCUUGGGAUGUGGUGAUUACUAGUGAUUACGAACAUCAUGUGAAUUACUAUGGAUUGGAUUGGAUUGGUACGUUGGGAGGUGAGGAAGCCGAAAGAGCUGGUAGAGAUGGCAAUUCAGAAGAUGACUGCCUGGCAAAGUUACAGGUGCACCGGUUGAGCCCAGAGCCACGAACAAUACGUUUCGCUUGGGCCAAGCGCUUCUUCCGUCACCCAGUGCAGAGGCUUCGUUUUCCAGCUGCAGCUUGCCCUUUCGUUGCUGUGCGCUGCUUCGCUGACUACUUCCUCUUCUACUUGGACGCGGACUUUGUGAACAUCGUCUACUACCUCUACUUGGACUUGGCCUUCGACUACAUCUUGAACUACCUGACCUUGGACUUGGCCUACGACGACAUCCUGGACUACCUGACCUUCGACCUGGUGCGGACUACAACCUCUACUACCUGGUCUCGCUGGUUCCUGUUCUACCUGGACGUGCUGCUCAUCGACUACAUCCUGUACUACCUGGACCUGCUUGACAGCCUGCGUGACUUCAAACGCAGUGUGACAUGGUGGCUGAGUUCGAUCGACUUGAAGAAGACCACCGACUUCAACUUGGCAGCUCGCUUCGCUAUGAGGCAGAAGGGCAGUGCCAGACUUCGGGCCUUGGAGUUUGACCCGAAGGACUUGGAGUACAAGCCUGCGAAAAAGGAGCUCAAUGUGGAGACCGGCAUGGAGGAGGACAUCCCUGCCCAGUAUGACUACGGCAUCCAAAGGAUCUUGUCAUCAUGGGAGGAGAUGGUUGGACGCACCGCCCUUGACAGGAAGGGCGAACUGAGAGAAAGGUUUUACAUGACCCUCAAACGAGGACGCAGUGAAAGCAUCCCGAACUUCGCAAUGAGGUUCAGGACCUUGGUCGGGGAGAUGAAAGCUGAAGGUGUGAAUGUGGACCCUUCAGAACAAGCUUGGUUCUUCAAGCAGAAGCUUCAGCUCUCGGAGAUACAGAAACAGAUGUUGGAGACAACGUUGGUGUCCGACACAGACAACUAUGGAAUAUGUGAACGAGAAGCUGUGAGGCUUUUCAAGCGGGUUCACAUGGCUGGUGGAUACCAACGCCCUGGAGGUGGUGGCAACUUUCAGAAAAGAACAACUAGCCUGACAUCCUCAACUUUGUCGAGGUUUCGCAAGAGUUUGCCUUCAUCUUCAUCAUCGACUGCCUCUUCAAGCUGGCGUAGCAAGAACCGUCCUGGCUCGGUCUAUGUGACCGAAGCGGAGGACACUGGUAUGGAUGAGGAAACCCAUGAAAAUGAAGCCAAUGAGACUAUUGGCGAGCUAGCAGAAGAUGGAGCUGAAGAUGAUGGAGAAGACGAUGAAUUUCAAGGUUUACAGGAAACUUUGGAGAUCCUGGCAACUGAGCUGGACGAAGCUGCGGCUGCUGGCCAUAGCGAGGAGGAGCUUUCUACCCUGGAACAACAAGUGGAUGAUGCGGUAGAAGCUCUGGUUACCCUUCGUGAAGCUCGAGCUCAGAUUGGAGCCCUUCGCAAGGAUCGUGGCUUCAAAGGCCGUGGAUCAGGUGGGAAACAAGCUGGUCGUGGCCGUGGAGGGGGUACCAAAGAAGGAAAAUGUUUUGUCUGUGGCAAACCGGGCCACUGGCAAGGAGAUGCAGAAUGCCCUGGUCCUCCCAAAGGUCAACCUGUUGGACAAGGCCAUAGUGGUGGACAAGGUCAACGUCCGAUGCCGAAGUUUCCAAAGCCUUUGAAGAAACCAAUUGUUGGAAUGGUUGGCAAAUCAACUUCCUACAAGCCUGCCGAAGGCAAUGUUGUGGAGUCCAACGUGGUGGACUUGCUGCCUGCAGAGGUUGCUUUUACGGAAGCUGCCUUUGGUGUUCGUUUUGAUGAUUUGCCAGAGAUCCAUGAGAUCAAUGUGGUGAGCACCCUGUCUGAAGCUUUGGCAGCUAGCUCAUCGACUCCAAAAGGUUUGGACCGGGACAAGAUCAACAUUGCUGCUGUGGACUCCGCCUGCAACAGAAGUUGUGCUGCAGCUGUUUGGAUUCAGAAUGUUCUGAAGGCCUUGAAGUUGGCCCCCAACUGGAUUCAGAGCUUGGUGGAGGUGAAACAGCAAGUUGACUAUUUUCGUUUUGGAAAUGGAGGCGUGCUGCAGAGCGGCCAACGCAUCCGACUUCCAGUUCCUUUGCUGGAUCGUGUGGUUUUGAUUUGGAUUUGCGAAAUCCCCUGCGAUUCACUAGGUUGUCUCUUGGGCAAAGACUUCUUAGAAAGCCUUGGAGCUGUGCUGGAUUUUGUGGGAAACAGGAUGCAGCUGAAGUUUCUAGGAGAUCGUUGGAUACCCCUUUCAAAGAUGAAAGCUGGUCACUAUGGUUUGAAUCUCUUGCCUGCCGACCCCAGCAUUUGGCCUUCACUCAUUGCAGAGCCGUGGCAUUGUGUUGGAGUUGGAGGUGUUUGUGAGGUUCAAUGUGAAGGAAAAAUGGUUUGGAAGGUAAAAUCCAAGAUCGGUGCGGCUGGUGGUGACUUGAACAUGGUUGUUCACUACAUCCCACAGCCGUAUCUCUCAAGAGAAGCCUUUGUGGCAGAAGAUGCUGCCUGCCCAGACUCCGGUCAAUCCCUCUCAACAGCGAUGGACUCGCAUGUUGGUCCGGAUGCUGCUGCGGAAGAGAUGGCAUUUUCAAGGACUGCUCCUAUGGCUGAUUCAACGACCAUUUUUGCGGUUUCUCCCAACGAUGCCAUCACGCUGAGAUCUCGGAUGGGGCUACUGGAAUGCUUCAUGGAAGACGAGGCGGUGACUUUCGGGUUGAAAGCCUUGAAAACAAGGAGCCGUGCUCGCCAACAAGCAGCCCUGGUGGAAGAGACUCACAAAGCAGUAGCCGCACUGGAUGGCCAAAGAGAAGAGCUGGCACGAGAGCUCAUAGGUCCCCGAGGAGGUCUCCCUCGCAACAAGACCGACUUGGUGAAGUUGGCGACGCUGCUGAAGGUGGACGUUCUGCCGAAGGACACCGUGGCGGACAUCACGACCAAGGUGAAGCCCAUAGUGGAGAUUCUGAAGAACCGGAUAGCUCUGAAGGAAUCUCAGAAGAAUGGGAAGAACCUGCAGACUCCGAGCGAGUCAGCCGUCCAACCAGGACGACAUAUAGAAUCGGAAGAAGUGAGGAAGUCCAUCGGAACUCUCACCGGUGGAGCCUUCCAGAAACUCAAGAGAGGCAUCAGAGAAGUUUUGGUGGCUGCUGCCAUCAAAGCCAAACGGCUGAAAGCCAAGCUUGGCGCUCCAAAGGACUAUGUCAUGGACACCAUGGUGGAACGACACAUGCAGAACCUGGAGAACAUAGCCUGUGGAACUCAUCGAGAGGGUUUUGCCUCAGAAAUGCUGGUUCCUUCGUUGCCUGACCUUGCGGUGUAUGAGACCGUGUACUUGCCGAUUGCACGCAUGGGAGAAAAGCGGGCAAGGAGGAAGAGACCAAAGGAAAUUGAUGAGUGGCGUUUUGGGCAUCUCGCUGGCUGGAUGUGCCGUGACCACUACACUCCACGGCGAACCUUUUUUGCCCCCUGGAAUGGUGCGACAGCCCCUAGAUGGCUUCCUGGAGCUGCCUUCACUGGCAAACGCCGAACAGUCAUUUUCGAUGACGAAGGCAACAUAGAUGACAUGGUGGAUGAUGACUUCAGAGAGGGCAACAACCAGACUCGAGACAACGAAUGGGUAGGUGAAACCUGGCUUGAAGUUUUCUGGCCUUUCUUGAUGACAGCCUUCCCACAUCCGAAUGACAUCGGAGCCUUUCCUGAGGAGAUUCGUGUCUUGGGCGACGGUGGUGACAUUGGCACUCACACUUUGGCCAAUGGUGAUCAGGUUUUCAUUUCAAGAGACACCAUGAACUGCAUGGGAACCCUGCCCUUGGACAAUGAGGUCCCCAUCAGCACCUUUGUCAAGUAUCAUCGACAUGACUGGAUCACUUUGGAAAAUCGAGUACUUCAUCGAGAUCGAGCCCUACAUCGUCUCAAGUAUGCCAAUUUGGCAACGGAAGCAAGAGUCUUUCUUCAGAUCCAUCAUCUUUCUUUGGUGGACCGAGAAGGUGAGAAGCCUCGAGAACCUUUCGUGGGAGAGCUCUACACGGAGACGGAGCCCAUCUCUCGAGCUGCUCUUCGAAGAGGUCAUGCAAUUUGCCCUUCAGUGACACUGAAGACUGGCUAUGAUUUGAGACAUCGCCGACAUCGGAAGAGAGCAAACUUGCUGAUCCGAAAGCAUCGACCUUACUGCCUGGUGAUUGCCUUUCCCUGCAGUGUUUGGUCGACUCUCCAAAACCUUGGACCAAAAGGAGACACUAGCAAGCGCAGAAGGCUUGAGAGGAGACGCAAGAUGGAGGCCAUCCUGGUGGAGUACGCCGCUGAGAAAGCUUUGGAUCAACUUCUACAUGGAUGUCAUUUUCUGAUGGAAAACCCAGCCAGUUCCUCUGCCUGGCGACUGGUUGGAAAACUUCGAGAAUUGGUCGAACGCCGAGCAGAGAUUGGUCUCUACUACGUGCGGAUCGAUCAAUGCUACUUCGGAUUGAAGGGAGCAGGAGGUGGUUUGCACUACAAGCCCACCAACAUCCUGACUUCGAGCUAUGAGGUUGCAUAUGCCUUGCAGGACUGCCGAUGCUCCAAGGAUCACCAACAUGAGCCGGUCAUUGGAGGCCACAAGGUGACUGAGCUGGCAGGCCAUUACCCCUCUGCACUUUCUGAGCUCAUCUUGGAUGGCUUAGAGGCUCAAUUUGAACGUCUUUACCAUGAGGUGAACGUGGCGUCACCUGAAGGUCCUGGAGAAGAUGGUCAUGAGACUGACGAUGAUGAGGACCUGGAUGACGAUGGUGAUGACGAUGGAGAUCAACCCGACGACAACCUUGACAUGGGAGAGAUUGGAGAUGGUCUUCAUGCUGACCCGGAAGGUCGAGCCCCUGGAGAAGAAGCUUUAGAAGAUGCUGAAGCUGCUGAUCCUGGUGCAGAUGGAGGUGAUCAACCCACUACAGCUGAGAAGAAGCUUGCGGCCCACUUGCAUGAGGUGACAGGACAUCGACCUGUACUACGUCUUGCACGAGCUCUGGUUCUGACUGGUGCUCAGCCUGGACUUGUCAAGGCUGUGAAACAACACAAAUGUGAAGUUUGCCAAGAACUGCCAACGGUGAAAACUCAUCGACCUGCUGGCAUUCCACGUGCCCGCAACUUCGGAGACAGAAUCUACAGCGAUUUGUUUUCGGUGCCUGAUGCGCGCCUGGAGACUUUCUGGAUAGCUCAUGCCAUUGAUGGCGCUACCCGCUACCAGGUUGCCAAGGUGUUGGACAACAAGACUGCUCCGGAGGUGGUGAAGUUCAUGGAGGAAUCCUGGUUUCAACCAUUGGGGAUUCCAGCUUCAAUGACUGUUGACAUGGGGAAGGAGUUCACUUCAGCCCUCUUCAUGGACAAAAUGGCAUUCUAUGAUGUUGCAGUUCAUCACAUACCUGUUGAAGCCCCAUGGCAAAAUGGACUUGCAGAACGGUCCGGUGGUGUGCUCAAAGCUGUUUUGCGAGCAACCAUUCACCAGACCUCAGCCUUGGGAAUGGAUGAUGUUCGUGGAGCCCUCACUGCAACGUUGGAGGCAAUCAACACUGACACCGAAGGUGUUGGCUACAGCCCUUCUCAAAUGGUUCUUGGAAAGAAUCCACGAGUUGUGGGAGCUGCUGGAGCAAACGAACUUCGCUCACGGCUACCGACUCAAACUCGAGCUGAUGAAGCAAGUUUUGCAAGAAUGCAAGCAAUGAGAGAGGUUGCAAAACUCUCUAUGCUGAGGGUUCACUACUCUCGAGCACUUCGACGUGCCGCAGUGUCAAGACCAAGACCAACGAUUGGAUGGGAACACUACAGCAUUGGCGACGUUGUAUACUUUUUCAGGGAACAGAAGGCGAUCCCAAAGAAGAUGAAACUGAUCCAGCGUCGACGACUUGCCCUACGUCGAUGGCAUGGACCUGGGAUUCUCCUGGCUCUGGAAGGUGGCAACAUCCCCACUGCUGGUUAUGUUGCUUUUCGAGGCAACAUCACAAAGGUUGCAAUGGAGCACAUGCGACAUGCUAGUGCCCUGGAACGCCUGACUGCUGGAGAUUGGGAAGAAGUUCUGAACCAGGUGAUUGAGGCCAAUGAAGAUGUGGCUCAACCACCAGCUCUUCAGGAUGGAGCACCUCUGGAGGCAGUGCCUGAGUUGGAUGAGGAAGAACGUGGAGAUGAUGGACAACCCCGUUCUGAUCAAGGUCAACAACCAGCUCGACAACGAGCACUACCUGCACGUGGAGUCAUCAUGGAGCAUCCCGUGGUGUUUCCAUAUCCGUUCUCAAGGGAGAUGAUGCCUACUCCUUUGGCUCUGGAUGGUGCCCCUGGAUCUACCGUUAUGACCAACUUGGACUCUCGGAGAACAUCAAUGGCUUCCACACCUAUGACAAUGCAUGGUGCCCCUUGCUCAACUUUCUCACGAGCUCAACCGGAUGCUGCGAGAAAGGAUGAAGCUGCUGGACCUGCGAGAAAUGUGAGUCCCACUGGACUUUCGGGACAAACCCUUGGACUUUCGGGCGAUGCAGCAGCUGAGCCUGGACAGCCUCUAGGUUCUCAAGAGCUACAACCAGAACAGACCUCUCAACUUCCGCAACAAGUACCUGGAGUACCUUCACUGGAAGAGCCUCCUCCAAGGAGAUUGGAUCGAGCUGGAGCUGCAGUUCGUCGUGCUCUUUCUGAAGGAGCUCAAGAUGAUCGCCCUGGAACAAGAAGGAGGAUCUUGGAACCUCUGAUCUUGGGUGACCGCACAAUUGAUGUGCUGGCUUCAGAACUCUGCCGAGUUCAUCCCCUGGUUAAAGCCGUGGAUUGGUCGCAACAAGACAUCGCUGAUGGAAAUCUCAUCGAGCCCGACCAUGGCAGCUGGGAUGGAAGAUGGACUAGACCGAGCAGAUGGGAAUUUGAAGCUAUGGAAGCUACUGGUUCAUGCUGGCCCAGUGGAAAUGGAGAACACGAGGCCCUGACCACUGCCGCUCAAGGAAAAGAACUUCGCUGGAGCGAGAUGGAUGAGGGCACCCGUGACAAAUUUAGAGCUUCCGCUGUGGAUCAGUGGAACAAGUUCGUGGAGAACAAAGCUGUGAAAGUGCUGACCCUGGAGGAGUCAAAAGCUGUGAUGCAAGAGCUCAAGAUGAAGGGAGAAGAGCAACGCGUGCUGACGCCUCGCUUCGUCAUGGUGGACAAGAACGCUCCGCUCAGAACGAAGGACAAGCCGCUGCCUCUUCGAGCCAACUCUCGGCUCAUUGUCCCUGGAUUCAAAGACAUUGAGAAUCUGCAGGGUGGCCUUCGAAAAGAUGCUCCGACUGCCUCAAGGAUCAGUCAACACUUGGUGGCAUGCAUGGCUGCACAGCACCCAAACUGGUGUUUGCAGAGCGCUGACGUUCGUGCUGCUUUCCUGAAAGGAGAUCCCUACGUGGAGCGGGAGAUCUACAUGGGACCGGCAGAUCCACGCCGUGGUCCUACAAUUCCCAUUGGCCCUGGAUGUGUGGCCAAGGUGUUGAAGGGUAUCUUUGGCUUGGCCGAUGCUCCAAGAGCUUGGUAUCUGCGCUUGGCCAGAGAGCUCAGCGAGGAUGGAUGGUGCAGAAGCUCCUUGGACCUUGCUCUAUGGGUUCGACAUCAAGAUGGUGAAUUGGUUGGAAUCCUUGCUGCUCACGUGGAUGAUUUGCUGAUGUCAGGAAACUUGGAAUCAGAACGAUCACUGCUCCGCUUGGGUGAGCGCAUUGGUUUUGGCUCAAUCGAGAAGGACCAGUUCGUUUGGUGUGGCAAGCAGUUCACCAAGAGCAAGGAGACUGGGGAGGUGACCAUAGAUAUGAUCACCUACCAUAAGAACUUGAAACAAGUUGCUGUGAGCAGAGAUCGCCGACAAGAUCCCUCAAGCCCUUUGAAUGCGCAGGAGCACAGACAGCUUCGCGGUGCAUUGGGAUCACUGCAGUGGUUGGCAGGCCAAUGCCGUUUUGACUUGGCAUUUGAUGUGUCUGCACUUCAAGGAGAAGUACCAGCUACGGUAGGCACAUUGCUCCGUGCCAACAAGGUGAUCAAAGAGGCUCAGGCGACACAGGAGUUCAAGCUCCGCUUUCAUCCAAUCGACUUCGUGAAAGGUGGUGUGAUGUCUAUUACGGACGCAGCCUUGGGAAAUGUAGAUUCCAGAGGAUCUACUGAGGUGGACAAGCUGGAGAAGGUUCACAGUCAGAGCUGCUACGCCAUUGUCCUUGCGGAUGAAGUGAUGAUGAGCGGUGGUACCGGCUUUUUCAAUCUUUUGGAUUUCAGAAGCCACAGGUUGCAGAGGGUAUGCAGAUCCUCCUAUGCAGCUGAAACCUUGGGAGCCGAGGAAGGCUUGGACGCUGGUGAGCUUUGCAGAGGAUUCAUUGCCGAGCUGAGAGGCCAGGUGAUGACCGACAAGCAGGCGUUUUUCAAGGUUUGUUUGGUGCCUUUGAUGGGAGUUACCGAUGCCAAGGACUGCUAUGAUCGAGUCAGUCAAGACUUGGGCUUCGGAACGCAAAAGUCCCUUGCGUUCACCAUUGCCGCCAUCAGACAGCAAUUGAGACGCCCCCAGACGUCUUACCGCUGGACAUCGACACAGAAUAUGUGGGUCGAUGGUGGAACCAAGCACAUGGACAAGACCAACCUUCGAAAGACGUUGGAGCGUGGCACAUGGUCCGUGACAUACACUGAGGAAUUCACAAAGCAGACCAGCCGGAAAGCAAAGAAAGCUGACACAACUGCUGCUGAUCUACCUGGACGAGACCCCGAGGUGAAGGAUGAGAAGCUGAUGCAGUAUGUGUACCAGCUGGCCGAGAUGGUUGGAUGGCACUACAUCGACGGGCAUGGCACUGAGGAUGUUGGAGCAGCCGGGAGGCGGAGGAGCCGCGCGAGCUCCGAAACUUCGGAGACUGGAAAGUCUUCAGGAGAUCCAUCGGUCCGAAAACCUUGGUUCCGAUGGCUGCCCCGAUCGUACCUGCUGGUCUUGGUGGUCAAUGCCACUGCGACCCUUCUGCUGUGGCCUGCUGAUGUUGAGUUUCCUGAUGGCUGGUACUCAGAUGAUCCUCCUGUCUGUCCACUUAAGAUGCGACUCUUCUUCUUUGGGCUGAUGCUGUCGAGUUUCGGAGCCGGCUGUGUAGUAGCCUUUCUGGUGAGAAGGGCAGAAGCUUCAGGUCAUACAAAGUGGGCCUGUGGCUAUGCCAUAAUCAACUGGGUUCAAGCCAUGUUGGGCUCACUGGGGAUGACCCAUCCAACUGUCAGGGGGUACUGCAGGUAUGGAGUGAUACCAUACUUCGGAGGUGACAUUUGGUACUAUUCACUUGCCAUGUGCCGAUUGCUGCUGUAUCUCGUUGCCUCUUUCUGGAUGCAGACACUCAUCGCUUCACGGCUGGAUCUCUUGGAGCAAUCUUCGAAUCGGAACUACCGCAGUAGCUGCUUUCGCAAACUGAUGUGGGCGCAAGUCUUUGGGGCAGCAGGGGUUUUGCUUCCCAUUGCAGGCAUAGUUUAUGAGAUCACGGGUGAUGACUACAGCACAAGGAUCAUUCUCCAAAUAACAAGUUGGAUGAGCCUGCUGGCGAUAGGAGGCAUCACAUUGCUGUGCAAUGCGGCAGCGAGCAUAGUGGCCAUUUGCUCUUUCCGAAAGUCUUAUUCGGAGCUGCGGAGGAUUUGUCGCCUGGCAGAAACGAAUGAGGCGCCUAUCUCCGCAAGAUCUUCCUUGAGACGAGCCCGAAGGUUUGCUGGUCUGCAAGGGUUGGGUGUAUCAUUUAGCCUCGUGCUCACGCUUCUGCUUGGUCCAGCACGUGUUGUUUCUAUGUUUGUGGUUUAUGGCUAUGACGGCUAUGACGCUUUGAAGGUGGUCUUGUUUCUUAUUCAAGCUUUUGAUGCCCUGGGAAAUGCUGUGGCCGUUCUCCUUCUGUCCGGCAGUCACAGGAUGGCCAAAGUUGAAAGGAGUCAGGGGAGCCAACGUAGCUGGAAAGUCGAAAAGCCUGAGCAUAGCAGGAACAAACAGACUUCGCAUGAAGAUGUGAACUGGACUAGAAAGGUGGAAGAACUUUCAAUGCGGGGGAUGACUUUGAGGAGCCUCUUGCAGUUCUAUCAAGAAAACCUACCUUCGAUGCCAGAUUGGAAAUAUGUGCCCAGGGAACACAAGACCAGAGAUGUGGUCCGAAGAGCAAUCAUCCCAUUGACUAGCAGAGAAGAAUGUGCAUUCUCAGUUUCAGCUUUCAACAAGGAUGGUCCGAAACGGGCACAGGUCAUGGUGACCCACAAUUGGGGCAACUCGUUCAGCGACCUUCUGGCUGCAGUGCUGUCGGAUGCCCUGCAGGAAUGCAGUUUCAGCUUGCCAGCAGAACUUCUGCAGGAGGAGUGCACUUUCCUGCAGGACCUUCUGGCGAAAAUGGGGAGGUUGGAUGAGACGUAUUGGAUCUGUGCGUUUGCUGUCAACCAGCACAUCAGCAUCUGCCACAGCAACCCGUAUGACCGGGAUCCUUUCACAAAUCAGCUGCACCCAGUGUGCCACUGCAACAGCACAAACAUCAUUGACUCGGAUGGCCGAAGUGCUUCGUCAGAGAUCAACAAGUUUGAUGACAUGAUGCGUCUUCUUGCCACGACUGGGGGAUGCAGCCAAGUGAUUGAUACUUCUGGUCAAGCCACCAAAAGGCAAACUGAAACCAAAGGUGCCUCUCCUGAAAAAAAGAGGGCCAAAGCUGUUUGUACGAAUUUUGACACACCAUUUGGAUUCCAACGAGUUGACUGUGGAGGCAAUGGUGAUUGUGGUUACCGAGCCGCGGCGGCAGCUUAUGCUCUUGCAGACGGCCGCGACCUCAAAGAGACCAAAGAAAAUGCUCCAACCCUCGGGGCUACAUUACGGGCUCAGGUAGCAAGCCAUCUAAAAAAGCAUCAGCUUUGGAAAGACUCAUGGGCACCUGAUGAUAGAUGGACAGAAUCAACUGAAGGCGGCACAGUGCCUACCACCUACGAUGAGUGGUUGGAAAGCACGGCUCGUCCAGGCCGGUGGGUUUGUGGCCCCACUCUCAUCGGCAUUGCCACCAGGCUUAAACGCAAUCUUGUUGUUUUUCGUUUUGCGGAUGACAAAUGGGAAAAAGCCGACUUGAUCACUCCACUCGAAUCCAAUGCCAAGGAUGUUAGCACUGCUGCUUCCUUUCCACCUCUUCCUUUAUUUCUGAAAGACAACCAUUAUUUCACAUUGGAACCACGAGAAGAGGGCUGGCCUGCUACCUGGAGCUCGCCUGCAGAUAAGAAAUGGGAUCCCAACCUGCAUCGCGGUGGUGGCAAAAGCCUCCGUAGCUGGCUUCCGUCCAGUUCUGCCAGUGUUGCCAGCACGCAGUCCGCCAGUAGGACCGUGACUCAAAGCCAGCGUAAACAGAAAAGUCUCAAAAGUUGGCUCCCGGCUUCCAGCUCUGCCAAAAGCAGAUCGCCAGCCAUUGGGAUAAAUUUAAAAAGUUGGUUGCCGCAGUCAAGCUGCUCCACUUUGGCCAAAAGUUGCUUUCCUGCCACAAGAGAAGCAUCACCUGCUCCGUCUCUUGCAUUUUCGGAUGAUGCAUCUUUGCGCAAAGAAGAUAUUUCCAAUAAAAACGUUGACUGUCACGACACUGACGCUGCCAAAGUUGCUUCCUCCUGGACCUGCCCUGAGUGUGGCUAUUGCACAGAAAACCGGGUAGACUGGGUCAAACGCCGUCGGCAGCAUAUUGUUACUUGGCAUCCUGACAAAAAGGAUGACUGGAAUCUCAGAAACAAGCCCUUAUUAGUGCCGUGGACGCCCGAUUGCACCUGGAAAUGUCCGCUAUGCAACAUGGGCAUGCCGCCCAACAUCACUGAUUGCGACACUUCCUAUCGACUUCGAAAGGAACAUGCUCAACAGCAACACCCAACUGCCAAGAGAAGCCGUUUUUUUCUUCCGACUCCCAACAAUUCUGCCAAAGCUACGUUGGCCAAGAUCAGUGCUGGCGUAGCCCAAAGGCUACUGGAUUUGAAAGCAGGCAAGCAGGGUGACCAUGAUGUCAUUUUCUUGAAGUUUCCUCCUUUCAAGGAAAAAGUCAAACGAUUAACUGUGAUCCAUCCAUUUUGCAAGAAGUGCUCCGCCACAGCGGUGUCCAUUGCGCAAAUUGCCAAAAUCCCAUGCAACGUUAGCCGACGCGGCGGCCCCGGUCGGCAGCUGUUGAUUCGCCGUGUUCGUGCUGCUGUGAAUGACGUCACUUUACCUGAUGCUUUGAAAAAAGACCUGCAACAUACUUUGUCGUGGAUCGACGCUCCGUCCGGUCCUGCAGUUGACCACCAAAUUGACAAAUUCCCUUGGCCUUUGCCUUCGCCAGCGUCGUUGUACAUUUGCAAAGUUUGCCGACAAGUCAACAUUCGACGAGCUUCCAUGACCAACACUAAAUGUUGUGGCGAGCCUAAGCAAAGUCCGCGCCAUGUGCAAUUGCUGCGACAGCUGGACACAGCACAUAAGCCUGUUCUCCUGCUAAACUGUUACCUCCCUGCCUCUAAUGCUGCCAAAGCUGCGGACACUGCUGCCGCUGCAUUUGAGUGGGCUGCAUCCAUUGGUGAGCAGUGGGGCAUGAUUGGCGAUUUCAAUUUGACCAAGGAACAUUGGCCUAUGGGAGCAGCUCUGGCCACUGGGCUCUUGUUCGAUAUGGAUGAUGUAGCGGGGCCCCAUGCUUUGCAAGGUACCCAUCGAAACCAUGCCGGUGAACUCACUGGCCGUGUCAUUGAUUUCAUGCUUGCGACCAACGAGUUUUUUCCUGUUUCUCGUGUUCAACAUCAAAGUGUGGCUGACCAUGAUGUGAUUUUAUACGACUUUCCUUGGAAAGACGAUGUCACUCAAUUUUCCUGGCCUGCCCGUCCAAGCCUCCGCCUUGAAAAGGUCAGUUCUGAGCAGUGGGCUAAUGUGUGGAAUGCAUUCAGCUCAUCGUUUGACACAGCUCUCGAAGCUAGAGACUCAGAUGCUGCAUGGCAAGCACUGAGCUCGGCAGCCGAAACUGCUUUGGCGGGAACCCCCGAGGCGCCAAAUUUGCAAUCGCUUCUGGAGCGACAACUUCGGCGCUUGGCGCGGAAGGCCCAGCAGAGCCUGCUCCAGCCAAACGAUGUGAAACUCAAAAGAAACUUUUUCUUUUUCAUUGAUUUUCUUAGUGACCAAGUUCCGCUUUUAACGCAGUGCCAGUGGAAUUCCGAAGCCACUGUGCGGUUUCUUUUUGACCUGGCUGACCAAGAGGCCAAAGCGGCCGCGCGUCAGCGCAUCCACGACUGGAAAGACCAAAUCAGUGACGAUGUGCCACGCCUUGCUAGGGCCAUCGAAACUGCCAUUUGGGGGUAUGGCACACCUCCUGGUCGCUCCGGUUAUUUGUUCUGGACCGCCAUCGCUGGACUUCGCUGUCAUCUUGAAUGUGCUCUCUCCACUGAAGCCAUCAUGUAUGAAUGGAGACGCCAGGUGAAUCUUUUUCUUGGGAAAUGUACAGUGACGCGCGCCUCGCCGCGAGCGAUUGACACUUUCAAUUUACUCAAUUGGAAAAAUUUGCAGAAUGAUGUUUGGCAAACUCCUUUUGGCCAAAUUCGUGUUGGUUGGAUUUCAGACUCUGAUUUGGCCAAGCUUGUGCGACUUUCCUGGACCAGAGUCCUCUUCCAGUCUGACACUAAAACACAGGAACACUUGCCAGACCACCUCAAUCCAUACUUUGGUUUUCAUAAUGCUAUGAUCAAAGAAUGUGGUGAGCGAUAUAAAAUGACUGUUCUCAUGGCCGCCGCCUCUGAUGGACGCAUUUUGGAAAGAAUGGGUGCGCCUGAAGUGUGCGCUUGUGGCAUCAAUUCUCCCGACCGCGAGCAUCUCACCUUUCACUGCAAUGCUGAUACCGCUGAGAAGCCUGCACUUAAGACUCACAAUGAAACUCGGCUGUUGCAGCCGUUAGUCCCUUUGCCAAACACUCCAAUCAUUUCCGCAUUAACUGCUAAUGUUGAGUUGGUUCAGUGCUUACGACAGUUGUACGCUGUCGACCAUUCUCCUGUCGUCUUGGCCUUGGAUGGCAGCUGUUUGGUCAACCCUGGCAAUGAUUUAUACCAAUGGGCAUCCUGGGGGAUUGUCACCUCCACGAAGCUUUCAUUCAACGGACUUUUGACUGGCUGUGUUCACACCCCGGCUGCUGCCGAGCGUGAAGCUCUGGUGCAAGCCAUGCUGGCUGCACAUUCUGCAGCUGUGCCCGUGCGUUUGCUCAUCGACAAUGAGGCAAUUGUCAAGCGCCUCCUCCGAGGAUUGCGUUUUGGCAACUGGAACGGCGAUGCUGCCGGUUUCUGGUCCUAUAUCGCCAUGCUUGCCACUCAUGGUGUGGAAGUGAUGUGGGCACCUUCCCAUGACAAAAAGCCCUUGUGGACACCUGUGCUUGACUGGAACCUUUCCGCUCAAGAGUGCAGAACGUUGAACGAGUUGGCUGACCUUGCGGUUGUAUGUCUCAAUUCAUUCAUUCAUUCACUGGAUUUGUUUCGCCGUGCCUGGUGUGUGGCUGAAAUUGCGGAAGCCAAACGUUUGCAGAUGGACCAGUCAUUGAAACUCUGGUCCAAAGCAACGCUGCAGGGACGCGCCCGGACAUUGGAAAACUUGGAUGUGCGGGACAUGCGUGCCUCCUCGGAAAAGGACAAGGAACUCAUCCUUGGCAAGAUUCAGGAUGUAGAUGAUUUCAAUGCCAAGCUUCAGGUGCUCAUUUUUGAUCCAAAAUCAGGCCUUGUUGCCACAUGGAAUGCCAUGGAUAGCCUGCAGCAGAUUGGUGAAGUGGGCCGGCUCAUUCGAUGGGGCCUGGCAGAUGCAGGCAGUGGAAAAGAGCAGUCUCAACGACCAGCUCAGUUGCUGGCGCUGAAAUAUCCAGGAGCUGGUAGAGAUGGCCAUUCAGAAGAUGACUGCUUGGCAAAGUUACAGGCGGGUGCACCAGUUGAGCCCAGAGCCACGAACGAGUCACAGGAGGUGAACGAGCACGAAAUCUUAGGAUGUUGGAGCAACCGGGAGGCGGAGGAGCCCAUGCCCACGGCGUCAGUUGAUCCCAGCCGUGAUGCGAGCUCCGAAACUUCGGAGACUGGACAGUCUUCAGAUCCAUCGGGCCGAAAACCUUGGUGCCGAUGGUUGCCCCGAUCGUACCUGCUGGUCUUGGUGAUCAAUGCCACUGCGACCCUUCUGCUGUGGCCUGCUGAUGUUGAGUUUCCUGAUCCCCGGUACAAUCCUCAGUGGUGGGACGAUGAUCCUCCUGUCUGUCCACUUAAGAUGCGACUCUUCUUCUUUGGGCUGAUGCUGUCGAGUUUGGGAGCCGGCUGUGUAGCAGCCUUUCUGGUGAGAAGGGCUGAAGCUUCAGGUCAUACAAAGUGGGCCUGUGGCUAUGCCAUAAUCAACUGGAUUCAGGCCAUGUUGGGCUCACUGGGGAUGACCAAUCCAGACCGUGGGUACUGCAGGUAUGGAGUGAUACCAGAUAGAGACUCCGGAGGCACAUUUUGGUAUUUGGCACUUGCAUUGUGUCGAUUGCUGCUGUAUCUCGUUGCUUCCUUCUGGAUGCAGACACUCAUCGCUUCACGGCUGGAUCUCUUGGAGCAAUCUUCGAAUCGGAACUACUGCAGUAGCUGCUUUCGCAGACUGAUGUGGGCCCAAGUCUUUGGGACAGCGGUGGCUCUGCUUCCCAUUGCGGGCAUGGUUCAUGAGAUCAUUACGGGUGAUAUCUACGGCGAAAGUAACAUUUUCGUUACAAGUGCCUGGAGUCUGUUCACAAUAGGAGGCAUCACAUUGCUGUGCAAUUGGGCAGCGAGCAUCGUGGCCAUUUGCUCUUUCCAAAAGUCUUAUUUGGAGCUGCGGAGGAUUUGUCGCCUGGCAGAAGCGAACGAGGCCUCCAUCUCCGCAAGAUCUUCCUUGAGACGAGCCCGAAGGUUUGCUGGUUUGCAAGGGUUGGGUGUAUCAUUUGGCCUCGUGUUUACGGUUCUGCUCGUUCCAGCACGUCUUGUUUCUCUUGUUGUUGCAAGCGCUGACAGCUAUGACGACUCUUUGAAGGUGGUCUUGUUUCUUAUUCAAGCUCUUGAUGCCCUCGGAAAUGCUGUGGCCGUUCUCCUUCUGUCCGGCAGUCACAGGAUGGCCAAAGUUGAAAGGAGUCAGGGGAGCCAAUGUGGCUGCUGGAAAGUCGAAAAGCCUGAGCAUAGCAGAAACAAACAGACUUCACAUGAAGAUGUGAACUGGACCAGAAAGGUGGAAGAACUUUCAAUGCGGGGAAUGACUUUGCGGAGCCUCUUGCAGUUCUAUCCAGAAAACCUCCCUUCAAUGCAAGAUUGGAAAUAUGUGCCCAAGGAACACAAGACCAGAGAUGUGGUCCGAAGAGCAAUCAUCCCAUUGACUAGUAGAGAAGAAUGUGCGUUCUCAGUUUCAGCUUUCAACAAGGAUGGUCCGAAACGGGCACAGGUCAUGGUGACCCACAAUUGGGGCAACUCGUUCAGCGACCUGCUGGCUGCAGUGCUGUCGGAUGCCCUGCAGGAAUGCAGUUUCAGCUUGCCAGCAGAACUUCUGCAGGAGGAUUGCGCUUUGCUGCAGGACCUUCUGGCGAAAAUGGGGCGGUUGGAUGAGACGUACUGGAUCUGUGCGUUUGCUGUCAACCAGCACAUCAGCAUCUGCCACAGCAACCCGUAUGACCGGGAUCCUUUCACAAAUCAGCUGCACCCAGUGUGCCACUGCAACAGCACAAACAUCAUUGACUCGGAUGGCCGAAGUGCUUCGUCAGAGAUCAACAAGUUUGAUGACAUGAUGCGUCUUCUUGCCACGACUGGGGGAUGCCGACAAGUGAUUGCAGUGGACAAAUCCCUGGAUUUGACUUUGCUGUGUCAUGCAUGCCGGGCUUGCGCCCGCAUUCAUGCCAAUUCGUUUCUUGUAGAGAUGCAAUUUUUGCUGGCCCUUUUGUCUUGGGGUCUCAUGACUGGUUUUCUUUUGCAGAUUUUGAAAGCCCAGAUCGUGGGGGUCUUGGGCCCCUCCAUAUGUCAGCCUUGCUAUCGAUGUCCUUCGCUCUGGCUUGGCCGUAAUUCACUGCUACUUGGCCGGUUGGUGGCUCAUUCUCCCGCUGCUCUUUCGCGCGGCGCCAUGCCCGAGAUGUUCAUCGCACACCUGCGAUCUUUAGGAUCGCUUGCACGCGCGCGUGAACACUUGCCAGACCACCUCAAUCCAUACUUUGGUUUUCAUAAUGCUAUGAUCAAAGAAUGUGGUGAGCGAUAUAAAAUGACUGUUCUCAUGGCCGCCGCCUCUGAUGGACGCAUUUUGGAAAGAAUGGGUGCGCCUGAAGUGUGCGCUUGUGGCAUCAAUUCUCCCGACCGCGAGCAUCUCACCUUUCACUGCAAUGCUGAUACCGCUGAGAAGCCUGUACUUAAGACUCACAAUGAAACUCGGCUGUUGCAGCCGUUAGUCCCUUUGCCAAACACUCCAAUCAUUUCCGCAUUAACUGCUAAUGUUGAGUUGGUUCAGUGCUUACGACAGUUGUACGCUGUCGACCAUUCUCCUGUCGUCUUGGCCUUGGAUGGCAGCUGUUUGGUCAACCCUGGCAAUGAUUUAUACCAAUGGGCAUCCUGGGGGAUUGUCACCUCCACGAAGCUUUCAUUCAACGGACUUUUGACUGGCUGUGUUCACACCCCGGCUGCUGCCGAGCGUGAAGCUCUGGUGCAAGCCAUGCUGGCUGCACAUUCUGCAGCUGUGCCCGUGCGUUUGCUCAUCGACAAUGAGGCAAUUGUCAAGCGCCUCCUCCGAGGAUUGCGUUUUGGCAACUGGAACGGCGAUGCUGCCGGUUUCUGGUCCUAUAUCGCCAUGCUUGCCACUCAUGGUGUGGAAGUGAUGUGGGCACCUUCCCAUGACAAAAAGCCCUUGUGGACACCUGUGCUUGACUGGAACCUUUCCGCUCAAGAGUGCAGAACGUUGAACGAGUUGGCUGACCUUGCGAUUGCGGAAGCCAAACGUUUGCAGAUGGACCAGUCAUUGAAACUCUGGUCCAAAGCAACGCUGCAAGAACGUGCCCGGACAUUGGAAAACCUGGAUGUGCGGGACAUGCGUGCCUCCUCGGACAAGGACAAGGAACUCAUCCUUGGCAAGAUUCAGGAUGUAGAUGAUUUCAAUGCCAAGCUUCAAGUGCUCAUUUUUGAUCCAAAAUCAGGCCUUGUUGCCACAUGGAAUGCCAUGGAUAGCCUGCAGCAGAUUGGUGAAGUGGGCCGGCUCAUUCGAUGGGGCCUGGCAGAUGCAGGCAGUGGAAAAGUGUGGAAAGCAUGGGACGGCCACAACUGA